AUGUUAGAGAAACAGAACAGUCGGACAAGACAAAAUGCUAAAGUAAAAACAGAACCUGAUAGAUUAGAGGAGUUACAGAGACAAAAAGAUGAAAUAGAUAGACAGUUAAGGGAAGAAACAUUAGAAAGAGAUAGAAAGUUAUUAAAGGACAAGACGGAAAGGGAAGAGAAAAUACGACAAGUAUUAAAGAACUAUAAAGAAAAGAAAGAAAGAGAAAAGACAGAACAGGAGAAGAAAAGAGAGAAACAGAGACAAGAAGAAAGAGAAAUUAUGGCUCGUAUUGAAAGACUCAAAAUAAGAGAGAAAGAUAUAGAUAGAAAAAAAAUGCAAAAAGAAGAAUUACAGAAAAAGAGUUGUGAAAAAUUAGAAGAUCAGCGAAUGAAGGAGAGAUUGAUAGAACUGAACAAAGAAGAAGAGGAGAUACAAAAGAGAAUACAUGAAAAAGAAGAGAAAGAGAAAACCUCCAGUGUUGAGAAAGAAAACAAGAUUCCAAGUGAAACAGAUGUGUUCGCAAAGCUUGAGAAGACUAUCCUCGGAAAACCAUACUUACCAUCAUUUGAAGGCAAUCAGUUCGAGGAAUGGAAGUUAGAAGUAUCUUGUUUAUUGAAAUCAGGAUUAUACCCAGAUUACCUGAUAGCCCAUUUAGUUCGGAAUUCUCUCAAAGGAAAGACUAGAAGAGUUUUACUUACCUUACAGCCUGGUGCUUCUGCAAGAGAAAUUCUAAGAAAAAUAGAAUCCGUAUAUGGAAAUGUAAAAAAUGGAGAUUCUCUUAUUCAUGAUUUCUAUUCAGCAAAACAGUCAUCAAAUGAAUCUUGUACAGAUUGGGGAAUCAGAAUUGAAACACUUUUCUAUCAAGCCGUUGAUAAAGGAGAAGUUGAUGAAUCUAGAAAAGAUGGCAAACUAAAAGAGAGAUUUUGGAGAGGAUUAUUUUCAGAAAGACUGAAGAAUGCGACAAGAGUGACUUAUGAGUCUAGCGAUUCUUUCGAGAAGUUAAGGAAAAAGGCAAGAUUGGAGGAAGUUGAAAUAGAUACAGGAAAAGAAAAUAGGAAAGAAGCAAGUCCAGGUGAAAUAACAGAAGAUAAAACAACACAGCCGAAAAUACACCAACCGAUAAGGACUUCAGAAACAGACUCGAAAUUAGACAUGAUACUUGAGAAAAUGAAAGCAUUGGAAGAGGAGGUAAAGGAGUUGAAAAGACGCCAGAAUUCAGAGGAGAAAAGAUACAAUAUUGGUUUCUCGCAGUCAAGAGGUAGAGCCAGAUUUAGAGGAAAUGCUGGUUAUAGUGCACGGUACAGAGGUAGAGGAUAUCGAAGUCCAUCGCAUCAAAAUAGAAAUAGAAACAAACUUCAAUCAGAAAAUGAAAGAACCCCGAAAGAGAAGUCUGAACAGAAAUCUGAAAAGUCUGAUAAGAAAGACAAAGAGACCGACAAGAAGAACAAACCUUUAAACGGGUAA